AUGCGAUUACAAUCAAGUGGAAUCACGCUACUGCUGUCCGCGGUGCUACCCAGUCUCAGUUCGGCGCUGAGCUUCGACUGCGCUCAGCUCAACGUCGACAAGUACAAGUACGACUUGAGUCCCCUGGGCGGCGUCCAUGAGCUAUACCACGUGAACGAGACGGAGGCCGCGGUGACGAAUACGACCUACGUUCUCAAUAUUUGCAAAAGCCUGGGCAGCAAGGCUUCGGACCGUGGAGAUGAUGGGAAAUGCGGACCGACCAAGCGCAUCUGCGGCUUCGUAAACCGACACCCAACCGACGGCAACGGCAGCAAGCGCUUCGGCUUCCCGAUCGUCGGCCUCGAGCAUAUGGGCGGGGGCUCAAUGGAGCCCGAGCUCACGCGACUAGCCACGAUCGACCCCGAGACCGAGGGUGUCCGAGUCAAGCUCGCCGGUGGCGAGUUUAGAGGAGACGAUGACGAGGGGAAGAAAAAGAAUACAGCCGCCGUGAUUGAUUUUACGUGUGACCCGGACCGGUCUGGACUGGAAGGGCUCAUCACGGAGGAAGACAGCGCGGAUGCGGACGAGGAGAAGCGCCGUCGGGAUGAAAAGUCCAGGGAUGGCAGCCUGCAAUUCAAGAGCUUCGAAUUGAGUGAGGAUGAUACGUAUGUGCUGAAGCUGGAUUGGCGCACGCGAUAUGCUUGCGACAAUUACCAGCGCGGGAAGCAGCCGAAUAACUCGAAUUCGUGGGGUUUCUUCACUUGGAUGAUUAUCAUUGUUUUCCUCUGCGUCGCCGCCUACCUCAUCUUCGGCUCCUGGCUCAACUACAACCGCUACGGCGCCCGUGGCUGGGAUCUCCUCCCGCAUGGUGAUACCCUCCGCGACAUCCCCUACCUCUUCAAAGAUUGGGUCCGCAGCGUGAUCAACACCCUGCAAGGGUCCGGGUCGAGAGGCGGGUACAGCGCGGUAUAA